UUGUUAAGGGAGCGGUGGUGCCACCGUUGUGCAACGCGACCCGCACGCACGCACGCGCACGCGCGCGUCUCCCGGAGGAAUCACGGAGCCGACGCCACAACCACAGUCUGGACAACCACCACUGACAGCUACAAUCGCAACAUCAUCCAUCAUCAAAUAAUAAUAAGUCCACGUGAACCAGAGACGAACAGCAGCAGCAGCAACAGAGCGAGAUGGAGACGUGAACAGCAUCGGACAUCUCUCCCUCUCUCUGUCUCUCCCGACAACAGCGGGGCUUCAGUGCGGUGGGGACCGCGGCUCUCACCACCACAUCCCGGGAUACGUUAUCAUCAACAACAACGACGUCGUUGCUGUUGUUGUCCUUCCUGGUCGCCAUCAUCAUCAUCGUCGUCGUCGUCGCGCUGUGUUGAGCAAACGGAGGCAGCUCCAAGAGUCCCAGGACAGGUGAAUACUGGACGAGGUGGAUACUGGACGAGGUGGUUGGCGGCGGCGGUGGUGGUGGUGGAGGCCCUUUCCAGUGCCAUGGGCUGCUCGCUGAGCGCCGAGGAACGAGCCGCGGCCCAGCGCUCGCGUCUCAUCGACCGCGGACUCAAGGACGCGCGCCACCGCUCGGCACGGGAGGUCAAGCUGCUGCUCCUGGGUGCUGGUGAGUCUGGGAAGAGCACCAUCGUCAAGCAGAUGAAGAUCAUCCACGAGGCUGGGUACUCGCCUGAGGAGUGCCGCCAAUACGCCGCCGUGGUGUUCAGCAACACCAUCCAGUCCAUCGUGGCCAUCGUGCGGGCUAUGGCCAGCCUCAAGGUGUUAUUCGCCAACCCGGCCUGCGCGGAGGACGCUAGGAGGCUAUUGGCGCUGGUGGAAGCGCAGGAGGAGGGCGUCUUGUCGCCGGAGUUGGCGGCCGUGGUGCAGCGGCUGUGGGCGGACCCUGGCGUGCAGGCAUGCUUCGGCCGCUCCCGCGAGUACCAGCUCAACGACUCCGCCGCUUACUACCUGAACGACGUGGCUCGGAUCUCGCGGGCCGACUACGUGCCCACUCAGCAGGACGUGCUGCGCACGCGCGUCAAGACCACGGGCAUCGUGGAGACGCACUUCAUCUUCAAGAGCCUGCACUUCAAGAUGUUUGACGUCGGUGGCCAGCGGUCCGAGCGUAAGAAGUGGAUCCACUGCUUCGAGGGCGUCACCGCCAUCAUCUUCUGCGUGGCUCUCAGCGCCUACGACUUGGUCCUGGCAGAGGACGAAGAGAUGAACCGCAUGCACGAGAGCAUGAAGCUGUUCGACAGCAUCUGCAACAACAAGUGGUUCACGGACACCUCCAUCAUCCUCUUCCUCAACAAGAAGGACCUGUUCAAGGAGAAGAUCAAGAACAACCCCAUCACCACUUGCUUCCCCGAGUACACGGGAGGUAACUCGUUCCACGAGACGUCCUCCUACAUCCAGGCGCAGUUCGAGAACCUGAACCGGCGGAGCGACAGCAAGGAGGUGUACACGCACCUGACGUGCGCUACCGACACGCAGAACGUGCAGUUCGUGUUCGACGCCGUCACCGACGUCAUCAUCAAGAACAACCUCAAGGACUGUGGCCUCGUGUGAUGGUGCUACGGCUACCCACCCCGGGGCAGGGCGCGGAGCGUGGCCGCCGACGCACGACCGCACACGACGGAGACGAUGUCGCCGAUCGCAAAACGCACACGUCUCACGUCGUCGCCUCCGCCAACGCUCCCGUCGCCUUCUGCCCCGCUGGACUCAUCGCUCAUGCUGUGGUUGGAUUUACCAGGGAGUCGUGGCUUGCUUCCCGUUCCCCACCUCCACCCUCCCCCCCCCCCCCCCCCGCCCCGAUGGAAAUGAAGUUGAAGAUGCAACUCGAAAUAAGAUAUUGCUCUCUCGCCUCGUGGAUACUCGACCCAGGCUGUGGGUUCCAAGAGUGGCGUCAGGGUGACGUCACGGGAGUGCCGCAUCGACGCCCUUUGCCGUGAUCGUGAAUCAUUUUUGUUCCUCUCCCUUCUCAUUGACGAAGCUUCGAAGUUGUGUUCGCGCAGCUUCGGGCACACGCAAUCACGCGAGCGUCUGCAACAGCUGCUUGUGCGUUGGGCAAAAGCAAAUACGAGCAGAACUCCUCCGUUCUGUGCCUCCAUGCAUGAACAAAAUAACAAGCUGGCCCACCUGACUAUUGGCUCUCUAGACCAAACAUCAUCAAGCAGCAUUCGCUUAAGCAGGCAAACUGCACCGGCCUCGACCUUCUUGGUCUCAUCAGCAGAGUCAGGCUUGUUGAACAUAUGCUGCCGGAUUACCAGAUUGCCAUUGGAAAAUGAGCACUCCAUCUAAAAUAUUGGAACCCCCCCCCACAUAUUUAAAUGCAAAAAGCAAUGCCAUGCACAUUGAUUUCGAGCAUCACUGCUAAGAUGGUAGAGGCUUACCGAUGGCAUUUCUGCUUAACAUUUGUUUCUGCCCGUAAUGUUCCAUAGCAAAGCAUGAUGAGGUGGCUUUCUUUGGGCGGUGUGUUAUUUUUCCGUGAGGCUAUUUCUACCUAGUGUGUGUGUGUGGCGUGGAAUUGUAAUCGCAUGAGUGCGGCCCGGGCGGGCGGGCGGUCGGGC